AUGGUAAAUCAAUUACAAUUACAGAACAAUGGAUAUAGAAACAAUGAUCCAAGAUAUAGAAAUCCGAAUACAACAGCACCAGUCAUGAGAUCUUCGGAUUAUGAAUAUAAUUUUGUUUCACAUAAUGAUCAACUUUCUAAACACAGGCACAACAUUCGUUCACACCCUCCUGCCCCAAGUUUAAUGAAUUUACAACCAGCAACCCCGUAUCAGUCUUCAAUGCGUCGUCACCGAAACGAUUUCGAAGAUGAUGAUGAAUUUAGAUUGGUUGAAAAUAAUAGAAAUAAAAGACGCAGAAAUCAACACGAUCAAUAUGACAAUGACCUAGAGAAUAAUGACAACAAUCGUCAUUUUGACCGUCCACAACAACAAACACUUCGUCCAGUUAAUCAUCGUUCUCCGACUUACACGAAUCUACAACAGUCGAGAACAGACACUCUUCAUUCAACUUUACAUUCUAAUCACCAAAAUACUCAACCUCAACAAUUAACAGUAGCAAACGAAUCUACUCGUUAUGCACAAAUUUUACCUUGUUUGGAUGAAAUAUCAAGAUUUCUCUCUCAUUUGAAUUCCAAUUUUAAAACUGCUGGUGGUGUUAAUGAUGCUGAUUUCAACUCAACUAUUAAUAGAAUUCGUGCACAAAUACGAAAAGCAAACGAUGGUAAUCAACUUCAAUGA